AUGAUGGACACAGCAGCAACAGCCAUGGAUAUUCCCCACCAUGACGCACCAGUCUCACUGAAGAAGAGUCGCACUGCGGCAUUGGAGGCGAUCGAAGAUAUUGUUUACGGAUCGGUCGCCGGCGUCGUUGGCAAAUAUAUCGAAUACCCCUUCGACACGGUCAAGGUCCGACUCCAGUCCCAGCCCGACAACCAGCCACUCCGCUAUAAGGGCCCACUUGACUGUUUUCGCCAGUCCAUCAAGGCUGAGGGCUUCCUCGGUCUCUACCGGGGUAUCAGCGCGCCCCUCGUCGGAGCUGCGCUCGAGAACAGUAGCCUGUUCUUCUUCGAACGUAUUGGACGGGCUGCGGUGUAUGCUUCAGGCUGGACACCUCAGGGCCAGGAUCUCUCUCUAUCUGCUCUGUGGUUCACGGGCGCCUUUUCCGGCUUUUUCACCUCCUACGUCUUGACACCUGUUGAGCUUGUCAAAUGUAAGAUCCAGGCACCUGUGAGGGCAGACGGUUCUGCUGUGCCACAAUUGCGCCCCCUGGCCGUUGUUCGCGAUAUCUACCGCCACAAUGGCAUCCCGGGCUUCUGGCAUGGUCAAAUGGGCACCUUGAUCCGCGAGUCCGGCGGGUGUGCAGCUUGGUUCGGCAGUAAGGAGACUGUGACUAAGAUGUUCUACCACCUCAACGGCAGAGCAGCCAAGAAUCAAUCUGAGAGAGAGGCACUCGCUGCCAAGCCGCUGCCGUUGUGGCAGCAGGCACUCGCUGGUGCCUCUGGAGGUGUAUCAUACAACUUCCUCUUCUUCCCUGCCGACACCAUCAAGUCGCGCAUGCAGACGGCGGCCAUCGGCGACGCGGCGCAGGGCCGAACAUUCUGGCAGGAAGGCGCAGCCGUGUGGCAGCAGCAUGGGCUCAGGGGUUUAUACAGGGGCUGCGGCAUCACCUGCCUACGUUCCGCACCCAGCUCGGCCUUCAUUUUCAUUGUUUUUGACGGCCUCAAGCGACAUUUCCCCAUGCAAUAG